CACUGGACGUGAAUUUCGUUAAAUGUAUUUAGUACUAUACACAUUUAAUUACAAUGUUUUAAACGAGCAAUUUAUUUAAGUGGAACAAUUAUUCGGUAAAUUUUCUCUGCUCUGGUUCUGUUUCAGAACAAUUGUCCUGAGGACAGAAUUUAAAGAUGCUGGCAGUAAUUCUGAGUUUGGGGCUCGUUUAUCUUGGAUCUGGCUAUAUUGUGUCCGAAUGGGAACAACCAGUUUGUCCCUUCGUUGAAUGUCAGAACGCUGGUACCCUGGAUUUAACUAGCUGCCAUUGUAACUGUUCCUCAAACUAUUAUGGAUUUUUCUGUGAAAAACGUUUUCAGAACAGCAACUGGCCAGAUGGGACAUAUGCCCUCCCUGCCUCAAUGUUCGGUUGUCCUGAGACUGAAGACAGAGGCUGGACCUUAUCUUACAUUAACCUGACUCUCCCGGACUCCGCCCAACGACAGUACUGGAACACUAAAGACCCAGACCUCCUCAAUGGCAUCAUAGAGCCAAACAUACUGGGACCUUACUAUUAUCGUGCUAUUCAAAUGAACUUUUGUGUGAAAAAUCGAACCAGUGAUCAAGGAGAUGACAAUGAAACAACAACUGAGUGGCCCAAAGGGCAGUACUGUAUAUACAGUUUCAGCAACAUAUGCCCUCAAGGGUUUUCUAAUGGCAGCUUGACAAUAUCUGGUUAUCAGUUUACACUGCAGGAUAUAGGGGGCGUUAUUCCAGGGGAGACCGGAAACAACAUGAGUCUGAUGCUGAAAUUUUGUUGUAGAGAAGAUGAAGAUUACCGGACAUCAAUAAAACUACCAUCAGAAUUCCCGUUUGUUCUGUUUCAGAGUCAGUCAGCAGACGGUUGCCAGGAGGUAGAAUCUAUGUUUGUACAGCAGGAUUAUUUCUACAUGAACAAUGAGAACGAUAAAUGGGAGUAUAAGGGGACACUGCCCUUGUUUAAUACAACGGCAUUUAAUGAUUCAGUUGGCAUAGCGUAUUGCUAUUAUAAACCAUACGAACGUGAAUGUUAUUAUGAUACGGACUACGGAAACUCAUACAAUGGUAGAGCCAAUACUUCCGCUUCCGGAAAGACGUGUUUGAUUUGGACAGAGUCGUCUGAGACAUUUUAUCAUAACAGCAGGAGAGCGUAUCACGAGUUUGACGAGAAUUACUGCCGUGCCUAUGAAUACUACUCUUACAAAUCAGGGGAACCUUUAUGCCUGGUGGAGUAUCCAAGCGUCAGAGAAAAAUGCAAUGUCCCAAAGUGUGAGGAAGAAAGGGACUUGAGAGAAUUUGGAAAAUUCAAACCUUUCACAAGUGUUCAACAGGAUGGCGGAAACAAUGCAGAUUAUGCAGUAGACGGUUUCAUUGGUACUAAGAAUUCGUUUCUUUCUAACCGACCUUUGUUGAAGCCGUGGUAUCAAGUAAAUCUGCAGGAACAUAUUGAAGUUCAUGCUAUACUCCUUUACAGAUAUGCCACUUACAUGCCUCAUAAUCUGCGAUACCUUGGGACCUACGUCAGUAAGAAUCAGUGGGAUUUCAUUAACUAUGGCGCCGUUCGAUGUGACGACAUCAGACUCCCAGGAUACUCCAGAGUGUUCCGGUAUCAGUGCAGGCGUCCGGUGGUGGGUCAAUACGUCACCAUCCGGAACUUUGAUUUCACACAACCAGAUCAUAGUCCAGGCAAUUUCUAUAAAAUAGAAAUUAACGAGAUAGUUAUUUUAGGAAGAUCUACAAGCUGUGGGAGACCGUUAGGAAUGGCCUCUGGUAACAUCUAUGACUAUCAGCUGGGAUCAUCAUCUGAUGACACGGAAGGGGUUGAAGUAAUGCCACUCUCAUUUCGAGGUCGAUUGUAUUAUUCAGACCCUGGAUGGUGUGCAACAAAGAAGGAUAAAUCACCCUGGUUUUCUGUUGAUUUGAUUGUUCCGACAGUCGUGCAGGGGAUUUCAGUACAAGGUUGGGUAUCGGGAAAGGAGACAAAAUACAUCCAAUCAUUCACAGUGUCUUAUGGUGUUACAAGAAAAACAAUAAAUCGCUAUGAAGAUUCCCCCGGAGUUGUAAAAACUUUUCUCAUUGAUAAUACGGUAGCAGCUACUACACCACAGACGUUUAUGUUUCAUGGGGAUAUUCUGGCAAGAUACAUCAGAAUACAUCCAUCCGUAGCAGACGACCAACAAGCGUGUCUCAAGGCAGAAAUCAUAGGCUGCCAAAAACAAUUACAGAGGGAUAUCAGAUGUCAUAAAGGUACCGUGGACUAUGGAUUUGAGGAACUGAAAAGAUUUUCCUUCUGGCUUGAAAAAGAAGAUAAUUCUCCUUACGUUGUACGGAAUAUCUCCACUAUCGAGGGUUGUAGGCAGUUUUGUUUAAGUAAUAACGGUACUGCAUUAUCGUUUCAAAUAUAUUCAGACCGUACGGAAUGUUCACUAAGUUUUGGAGAUAGAUACCAUCCAACCAGACAAUCGGCUUGGGUACAAACAGGUGUAAUCCUUAAUCAGGCAGCACAUCGCCUUUGCUUCAAAGAGGCAAUGGAUAUAGCUCAAUGUUCAUUUUCAAUAAAUUUAACAAGGACGAACCAGUCCAUUAUCCGGUCACCAGGGUUCCCCUUUAGUUAUGGACAAGGACUGAAUUGUACCUGGAGUAUAUAUGCCGGGUAUUCUAAUUUUGUCAGGCUGGAAAUGGUCUAUUUACAACUCGCUAAAACAACAACAGAAAUAGAAUUGAAAGAGUUGGGGAUGUUUGAUAUAAAUCCAGGAAGGUGCAAAGACCAAAUAGUUAUACAUGACGAUUUGAGUACCUUAGAGAUCACCGCGGAUACACAAGAUAAAUUCCAGGAUACCGUCUUUAUCUCUUCUGGGAGAACUGUAUCUGUUUCACUGGUGUCUUGUUUCCAGAUGUCUGUAUCACAAUUAGAAAAGAGUUUUGAAAUAGAAGCUACAAAAUCAGAGAGACCCGGAUGUGGGAUGGCUACAGAAGGGUGCAUAAUCAGUUGUACAUUGCAGACAGCCUAUAUAGCGACAGACAGAUACCCCGCUCCAUACGAAGCAGGAGAAACGUGUACAUGGAACAUAGCUGGAACAUUUGGACAAUACGUAGAACUGAAUGUUGUUAAUUUAGAUGUUAUUAAUGGAGACGACACUUGUUCUAAGUCAUAUAUUGCAAUUUAUGAUAUCGACUUGAAUGGAAGGGAGGUGUUACUAGGAAAAUUCUGCAAGGAAAAUAGACCUUAUAGGAAUAUUACAUCGAGAUGGCACCAUAUGAGAGUAGAGUUUCGCUCUGGAAAUGAGAAUACUCAGGGUCAAGGAUUUUUGGGAAUGUAUACGUUUAUGAAUUUUACCCAAACAUGGUCAGAUGUUAGGAAUAAAGAAUGUUUAAAUGAUUGGCAUUACCACAAUGGAAGCUGCUAUAGAAUAUUCACUGAUGGCAUGGGUAUCACUUGGCCGGAAGCGAAACGGAAGUGUGAACAAUUCAAUGGCAGCCUUGUUAGCAUCUCUUCAAAAAGGGAACUUUCCUACGUUCAUUUUCUUGUCAAGAGCGAUGUAAAUAUCACAGGCGACUGGGAAAUUUACAUAGGUCUUCAAAAGAAAUACUCAGAAGGAAAACAUGAGCUGAAAUAUCUCUGGACAGAUGGAAACCCUUUAACUUUCACUGCAUGGUAUCGAGAUGAUGAUAUUAAGAACAGACAACCAAAUGGCGUCCAAAAUGAGCGAUGUACCAGUAUCAACUUUUACAGCAUACAUUCAUUGAGUGAUUGGCAUGACACUGCAUGUGCUUACAAUAAAAUCCAGAGUUAUAUGUGUGAAGUAGACCUCCAUCAAAGUUUAGAAACUAUCAGUCGAGAGAAUUGGUGGGGAAAUGGUUCUCUUGUUUCAAGGUCAGCAGAUCUGGAUAACAUUUUGUUCCAGUGUGAGAACACAGAACUGAUCAGCAGAUUGUUUGUGUGUGACGGAAUAGAGGACUGCUUUGACGGAUCAGAUGAGUACAACUGCUCUACAACAUGUACGGAGACUCAGUUCCAAUGCAGCAGUGGUGACUGUAUCUCUAUCAGUCUGUAUUGUGACUUUGUCAGCCAUUGUCCAGAUAACUCCGAUGAAACCAAUUGCAUUCCAAGACCAUGUACAGAAAAUGAAUGGAAAUGCUCCAGUGGUCAGUGUAUUCCCGCCAAAAACCUCUGUGAUAUGAAACCAGAAUGCGUCGAUGAAAGCGAUGAAAAACAAUGUGAAGGUUGUAAACAUGGAUUUGAAUGUUACGAUCAGACCUGCAUCCAUCCCUCUAAGGUGUGUGAUGGUUUUAUCGACUGUAGUGGAUUCUUCGCUGAGGACGAAUCUCAGAACUGUGAGGACAAUGUCCAGGAGACGUGCAAAGACUGGUGGGGACUGGGACGGAGAGAGAAUGGGGAAUAUCUCAUAAGUCUUGGCUUAGAAGGUUUGAGCCCUACGAGAGCCGAGUGUCGAUUUCAAAAGUCUGACAAUUACGUCACAGUGCAGACGAUAAUACACCAUUCCGAGGAAGAAACAUUGUUCUCUAGUCUACUUGAAGUUGAUGCUAAGUUAAAGUACUCUGCAAAUAAAAGACAAAUAUCAGUGCUAAAGAAUACCAAUAAAUGCAGUCAGGCUUUAAGAAUACGUUGUCAUUUCAUCAACCAUAAAUUAGACGUGUUUUGGGAAGGCGAAAACGGAGCUCAUAUUCACACAAAAUCUUUGGAUAGUGCUGCUGAAAACUGUUCAUGUCCAUUUGUGAAUAAAUGUGAAGAAGGAAAAGUAAAGUGCAAUUGUAAUUCCACUAUGGGUGAAUGGUACGGUGCUGAGGCCACAGAGGUAAGGGAGGAUUCGGGUGUUAUCACUAACCAUUCACUCCUACCAAUCCAGAAACUGUUCUUCUAUCGCCCGGGGGAGAACAAAUUCGUGAAAGUAAACAUAGGGCCUCUUAUUUGCACGCAAGAGACAGACGAUGUUAACAAAGAUUUUCUUUGUCGGACGGGAAAGAUUGUGGCAAUGUCAACACGAUGUAUUCUUGAUUACAGUGAAAACGGGGAUAUAUUUGGCUGUCGAGAUUUGUCCCAUUUGGACGAUUGCGAUUCCACACAGUGUCCUGUAGGUUAUAUGAAAUGUCCCGGAAGUUUUUGUAUUCCUCCGCGAUUUAUCUGCGAUGGUGAGAAGCACUGUGAAAACGGAGUCGACGAAAUGCAGUGUGGAUCUUGUCCAGGGUUAUUCAGAUGUAAAAAGAGCAAAGUCUGCUUAGAUCCACAAAGGUUAUGUGACAAUAUCCCCCACUGCCCUAUCAGAGACGACGAACUACUUUGUAAUAUCACGUGCCCGGGAGAGAAUAUCUGUGAUGGCCUUUCUGGAAUGCUUGGAAGUUUUCAGAAUAUUAGUACGGAAAGGCUUCCAAAAGAGUUGAGGUUUUUAAACAUUAGUGGAAAUGAUUAUAGCAAUGGUUUGCCAUCUAUUCAUCAUUUCAUUCAUUUAAUCAGAUUAUUUAUUACAGACUGCAAUUUGACAUCAAUAAAGCCAUAUUCCUUUGUCAACCAGCAAAAUCUUUUGAUACUUGAUCUCAGAAAUAAUAAAAUAACCCAUAUAUAUUCCAAUGCCUUCACUGGACUAGUGUCUCUGAAAGUGCUGAACUUAGAGGGGAAUGAUCUAAAUAAAAUAGAAGAUACGGCUUUUCUAGGAUUGAAGACUUUACCUAAAUUAGUUUUAAUAAGUAACAAUUUGUGGUCCAUUAAACAGGAUACUUUAGUGGGCCUACAACACAUUAGUCUACUGAAUUUGUCAUCAAACAAUAUUCAUUAUGUUUCGGAUUAUGCUUUUCAAAACUUGUCUGGAUUAUCAGUGUUGGAUCUACGAAACAAUAAAAUUAGAGACUUUUCAUCUGAAAUCUUUUAUGGGCUUUCGAAACUGGAGAAGUUGUACACAGACUCCUAUGCAUUCUGUUGUCUGAAGCCUCAGUCAGUCAAGGAAUGCCUACCAAAUGCUGAUGAAUUCUCUUCUUGUGAUGACCUCAUGAAAAAUACUAUCCUUUCUACGUUCUUGUGGAUCAUGGGAUUUAGUUCCUUGUUGGGAAAUCUUGGAGUCUUCAUUUUCAAAGUGUUUUUCGACUCAGAAACUCUGAAAAAAGGCCAUGGAAUUUUCAUCACGAAUUUGAGCGUUUCCGAUUUUCUAAUGGGUGUCUACUUAAUAAUCAUAGCCUCGGCUGAUGGACAUUAUCGCGGGAGAUAUAUCUGGAAUGAUUUGCAUUGGAGAAACAGUAUAACUUGUCAAAUAGCUGGUAUGCUUGCUACUAUUUCGAGUGAGACUUCGGUCUGUUUGCUAUGUUUGAUUACCGUUGAUCGCCUCAUCGCUGUCAAAUUUCCAUUUGGACAGUUUAGGUUCACCAGAAAGAGAGCUAUAUUUAGUAUUGGCGUCUUGUGGAGUACUACCGUGGGUAUGGCAGCCAUUCCGCUGAUUCCAGGAGGAUACUUUCAAGGAGAGUUCUACUCUCGCUCUGUCGUCUGCCUGGCUUUACCUCUAACCAGAGACAGACCUGCUGGAUGGGAGUACUCCACUGCAAUCUUCAUCAUACUCAAUUUCCUUCUAUUUGUGAUUAUUGCAUUAGGACAAUGUCUGAUAUACACAGAGAUUUCACAAACAACUACCAAAAUAAAAUCCACAAAGAGGAACCAGGAUAUGGCUAUCGCCCGAGGGCUAUUUCUUGUGGUUUUGUCUGACUUUGUCUGCUGGUUCCCAGUUGGAAUUAUGGGGUUACUUGCCUUAAAGGGUCACGUGAUAUCUGGAGAGGUGUAUGCCUGGGUCGCCGUUUUUAUCCUCCCGAUCAAUUCAGCUUUAAAUCCAUUCCUCUAUUCCUUUGCAAACCUAAGGAAAAGGGUUGAGACAAGAAUGUCAUCCAAAAAGAGAACAAUAUCUCGAUCUACCACAGAGACGCUGACCGACCUCUGCGAUAACGAGCUCUUUGUGAUCGGUAAAAACGCCCCACUGUUCGUCACGCUCUCUGACUACAUGCACAAUCACAAGCUUACUGUACCGGACAUGAAAUUCAUCAUCCUUCGAUUGGCCGAGGCUAUGAAAUUCUUGCAUGAGCGAGAUCUAGUUCACGGGUGUUUGGAUACGAAUCUUGUUUCACUCAAUAUUGAGAAUGGGAAAAUAAAAGAUCUAUCUGUGAAGAUUGUACCCCGUGAAGCUCAAGAAGACGAGGAUAUUCCAAACGACAUCAAACAACUGGGGGAAUUAGCUGUUAAAAUGCUGAAAAACCACCAAACUAACACUACCAAAAAUACUCAUUAGGGUAAAAACAAAAA